UGCCCUUUCUGGCGGGAAGUUGCUUCCGCUGGGCUUUGCCGUUGAGACCCUGCGGCGAGGAAAGGCUGAAUGAGAGGUUUCGCUCGUUAGGGAAGAAAAUACGGUGGCCAUUGGGCAUAAAUUUCUGGUGGUGGGAUUACAAGGAACUAGGGGCUGAGGCUCACGUUGCUAGGCAAGGUGGUUUUUCCUUAGGAGAGGCGCAGGUGUUUUUCAAAGUGAGAUCCUGGCAUCAGCAGCAUCAAAAUCACCGGGAUCCAAGGUGAAUGAAUAUAAGGAAAACCAAAACAUCGCUUGUGUGUCUCUGAGACCGGUACAGACUACAGUUUUAGGAAAAACAGCUAAGGUGUAUCUUGUUCCCUUUUCGCUCAGUAACUACAAGCCAGAUCAACUUAAGCGCCCCAAAUCCCUAUUAGAUAAGAAUUCUAACAAUGAAGUGGCAUGUAAGAAAUGUAAGAAGGCUGAAAUAAAGAAAACUUGCAGAAGGAUUUUAACCCCAAAGAUGGAAGCCACAUCUUCCAAGGCAGAAUCCACUCUGCAAAAAUCAUCCUUAGAUGUUCAUGCUGAAAGUAACAAGCGGCAAUACAAGAGCACUUCAGAUACAGUGAUUCUCAGUGCUGAUACAGAAAGCAGCCAGGAUGGAGACAGUGAUGAAGGUACCACACCAGGCAUGGAUGAUUUUUCAGGAUUGUCACCAUACGAAAAGAAGAGACUGAAGAACAUAUCAGAAAAUGCAAACUUUUUUGCUUCUCUUCAGUUGUCUGAGUCAGCUGCAAGGCUCCGUGAAAUGAUAAAGAAGAGACAGCCUCCUGAAUCCAAAAGAAAGAAGCCUAAGAAGAAAGAAAAUGGGACUGGAUGUAGAAGGUCAAUGCGAUUACUAAAAGUUGACCCUUCAGGAGUUUCAUUACCAGCAACUCCAACCCAGCCAAUAUUAGUAGCAGAUGAAAAUCCUUUGUUACCUCCUGGGCCUUUAGAAAUGACUUCUGAAAAUCGAGAUGAUAACAGUGAACUAUUUAAAGGAUUUCUGCAGACUUGGGCAGAAGUGAGCAAGACAAGAAGUAAAAACACUGAGAAGGCGUUAUCUAGCAUUAAAAGCUACAAAGCCAAUUUAAAUGGCAUGAUCAUUAGUGAAGAUACUGUUUAUAAAGUUACCAAAGGCCCAAUAUUCUCAGUGGCUCUCCAUCCAUCAGAAAUUAGAACUUUGGUGGCAGCUGGGGCCAGAUCUGGACAAGUUGGACUUUGGGAUUUGACUCACCAACCUAAAGAAGAUGGAGUUUAUAUUUUUCAACCCCAUAGUCAACCAGUUAGCUGUCUUUACUUCUCGCCUGCCAAUCCAGCUCACCUGCUGUCACUGAGCUAUGAUGGCACAUUACGCUGUGGGGAUUUUUCCAGAGCUGUUUUUGAAGAGGUAUAUAGAGAUGAAGGAAGUAGCUUUUCCUCCUUUGACUUCUUGGCAGAAGAUGCCUCCACUUUAAUAGUAGGUCACUGGGAUGGAAGUAUGUCACUAGUGGAUAGGCGGACGCCUGGAACUUCUUGUGAGAAGCUUAUCAAUUCUUCUUUGAGCAAAAUAAGAACUGUACAUGUCCACCCAGUGCAUAGACAGUAUUUUAUCACUGCGGGAUUAAGGGAUAUUCAUAUUUAUGAUGCAAGGUGCCUGAAACCCAGUAGAAGCCAGCCUUUGAUUUCUUUGACUGAACACACAAAGAGCAUCGCUUCUGCCUAUUUUUCACCUCUUACUGGUAACAGAGUAGUAACCACAUGUGCUGAUUGUAAGCUGAGAAUCUUUGACAGCAGCUGUAUAUCCUCGAAGAUUCCUCUUCUCACCACCAUCAGGCACAACACCAUUACUGGGAGAUGGCUGACCAGGUUCCAAGCUGUGUGGGACCCUAAACAAGAAGACUGUAUCAUAGUCGGCAGCAUGGCCCAUCCACGGCGAGUGGAAAUCUUCCAUGAGAGAGGAAAGUGGGUGCACUCUUUUCUUGGUGGAGAAUGCCUUGCCUCUGUGUGUUCCAUCAACGCUAUGCACCCAACUCGGUAUAUUUUGGCUGGAGGUAACUCCAGUGGGAGGAUACAUGUUUUUAUGAAUUAAGAAAGUUGCGGAGUUUUUGGUUUGACAACACCGAUUUGUUCAAAUUAAUCAGUGUCUAAGGAGCCCAGUAAUUCACGUGGCUUAGUCUGUUUACUUGGUAAUAUGUUCUAUUUUUAGCAAAUACAAAAUUGCUUUGUUAAUAAGAACUGUGAGCAGAAGGUACUUUUAGUAAGAGAGAAGCCUUGGAGGUUGUUUCUAUAGGAUGGCGAGGGAAUUAAAGGGGAGACUGUGAUGCCUUCAGCACUUUUAAUCAGGCAGAAUGUUGAGAAAUUCUAACAUAAAUUAUAAAGCUUUGAGUGAUCAGUAUUUUGGUUGUUUUUGUGGUUUUGAUUCUAUAGUGAUAUAUAGAUUUGUGGUUUUUUUAAUAGUUUGCAGUAAAUAUUUAUUUCUAGACUCAUACACUGGAAGGGCUCCUGAAAGGUCAUCUAACUCAGUAAUUUUGAAACUUUUGAGUUUUUAAACUGAGCACCUUUUUUCCCCCUUGCCUCUAAAUUAAAUCUUACAUGAAAUCCCAAGAAAUUGCUGAGAAGCUUUGGUUCACUUGGGCAGGGCCUGUGUCUGUGUGUGUUGACCCUUUCCCUCCCGCUCCUCUUCAUGGCUCCUGAGACACAGCCAAGGAAUCCCAGGGCUUGUAGGCACAGGGUUUGGAUCUACCUGAUUGCUGUAAUCCAGUAUGAGAUUACCUUCAGACCAGUGUUUCCCAGACUGUGGUUUGUAGCUGUUCACGUGAAAUCAGUUAAGUGGCCAUGAACAGUGUUUACAAAAAUGAAAAGGAGAGAAAUAGUAAAGAAUAGCAAACAUAAUUAGAGUAAGUAUUCUUUUGUGAAACUUAGUUCCAUAUGCAUACAUAUUUGUAGGUAUACAUGCAUACGUAUAUUCUGACGUAAAAUGUAUUUCUUUAUUACUGUGGUACUGUGGGUCAUGGUUAAAGAAGUAAAAGCUCCUGACUUAGAAAGUCAUAGACAGCCUUAUCUGUCCCUGUCUUUAAACUCUCCAGAGGAGAUUCAAUAACCUGGGGAAGUGUUAUGAAAUACCAUUUUUGGAAUUUCUUCAUAAAAUUUUUUUUUUCAGAAGCUAUGGCAAUUUGAAUGUGUCUGUUGUUGGAUAUUACUAAAUCAGUGACUAAUAUUACUGUGUGACCUUACCUAUCCAACUUUUUCCAUUGUUCUUCAUUGCCAAACUACUACUGAAAGCCUGUUGUAAAUAGCUUCAGCAAUAUGUUUGAUUUCUAAGAGGAAAUAUUAUCUUUUCAUAAUUGUAUAUCACAGAAAUAAAGUGACGUGUAUCAUU